GAUGAAAAUGAUAAGAAAAUUAUUGAGGCCCGUAAAAAACUUAUUCAAGAACGGUUAUGGACGGAAAUGGGACUUCAUGUGAAUAGACCAAAGCAGAGCGGUAGCGGAAACAUGAAUGAUGGCAAUACUGCCAGAAGAGCUUUCUCAGAUGUUACGCUAUUUUCUUCAAUAUUAGGGUUUGACACCGACUUACUGCACAGUUUUCACAUAAUUUUGAUCGCCAUUUCUUCUGAAUACGAGAUUAGCGCCCUAAAGUUUAAGCAGUACUCGGAAAAGACAUAUUCGUUGUAUAUGGAAAAGUACCCGUGGUAUCCGAUGUCACCGACUCUACAUAAAAUUUUAAUACACGGUGCACAAAUAAUCGCAGCCUCUGUAGUGCCCCUAGGCUGUCUUGGUGAAAGUGUUUCAGAAUCCCGCAAUAAAUAUUAUAAGAGCGACAGGCGAUCUCAUGCUAGACAAAAUAGUAGAACUAAUAAUAUGGCCGACGUCUUCCAAAGAGCAAUGGAUUCCUCUGAUCCAUUCCUUUCAAGCAUAUCUUUAAAUAAGAGACAACAACAAAAUCAAAAGAAAAAAUUACCUAAAGAAGUUAUUGAACUUUUGAAAGCUCCAAACGUUGAACCGCAUUCCGACCAUUUAAAUACAUCAGAUUGCUCAACGGACACCGACUCUGAUGCUGAUUCUUUAUGUGACAUUGCGCAGCCAUUUCAUGUUCAGUUGGAGGUAGAAGAAUGUUAAAUAUUAACAAAAAAUACGUAGAUAUAUGUACAUAUGUAUGUAUAUAAAAUUCGUAGGAAUAAAAUUGUUU